AUGUCCUCCAAUUUUUUCCAAUUAGCCCAAAACAUUAUAAACGAUUUGGUGGAUUGCUUGCCAUUGGAUUACGACUCUUCAAAUGAGUUAGGAUCGAUUAAUAUAGAACGUUUAAGUGAUCUACAAAGAUUGUCUGAGAAAAACUUACAAAGUAAUGAUAAUAUAUCAUAUAAGAAAAGAUAUAAAGAAAAUAAUCCAAGUGAUGGAAGCGAUGAUGAAUUUACUAGUCAAAGUAAUUCGAACCUUUCUAACGUUUCUAACAAUACUUGUCAAGAUGUAUUACCGCAAAACACGGAAAUUCAAGAAAUAUGCGAAAUCGGAAUAACUACACCAGGAUGGUUGCAACAUGCUAAAAGUGAAUUUCGUGAAACUCAGAACAAAAGAGACGCAUUGGGAUUACAUGUACUGGCAAUUGCAAGAUCGCAAGAUUCCCUUACCCAAAAUGUGACAAAUACCCAGGGAACCGGACAGAAUAUCAAUUUAAUUACCUCAAGAAGAAUGAUUAUUUCAAGUGAUAAUUCAGUGGAUAAUAUCCAAGUUCAGCAGAAUAAUGUUAAGACGAUAAAUGUAACUCCUAUCUCGAAAUGGGAAGACCAACUCUCAUCUGAAUUAUCUACUAAUAAUGAUGAUGGUGGUAAAACUUCUCCAUUAUUUUCCGGAGGAAGUGAUGGUUCGUUACCUUUCGUAGAUAGUCUUACAUUUGAAGGAAAAUCUUCCAUUAAUACGGGAGGAAAAUCAUUUCUUUCUCGGCCAAUAGGUGGGAAAGUGCGUUCAGCUUUGAAAAUGUAUUAUAAAUAUUUCUUGAGUAAGAAUGGGAACGACGAGGAAGAGUCGAUUUCUAUGGAUUCUUUAUCAGAUCAACAUAAAGAUUUUGGUGAUGUAAGUAACUUCAUGCAAGCAACGAAUCAUGACGAAUAUGAGACAGAGUGCGAAGAGGAAGAAGUAAUUUUGACUUCUCAACAAGAUUUAUCGGAUCAACAUAAAGAUUCUGGUGAUGUAGAUAGAUUCAUGCAAGAAACGAAUCGUGACGAAUAUGAGACAGAGUGCGAAGAGGAAGAAGUAAUUAUGACUUCACAACAAGUUUUAUUUCAGCAACAACACGAAGAUUUUGACAAUAAUUUCACUUGCGCUCGUCGCAGUUACAAAAACAAUCCUAAUGAGAAUGACGAAAUUCAACUCGAAUACGAGACAGAGUGUGAGGAAGAAGAAGUAAUUUUGACAUCUCAGCAAAAAUUAUUUCAGCAAACCACGAGAAUAUAUAUUAAGCAACAACACGAAUUCUUUAACAAUAAUAGCACGUGCGCUUCUAGCAGUCACAAAAACAAUCCUAACGAUAAUAAUAAAUAUUUAAAUUUUAUGAACAAUAGUCCUUCCAAUAAUCGUAAUCGUGAGGGUUUAAUUGACACAUGCGAUUAUUUCGAGGAAGAAUGGGACACAAUGCUAAUAGGACAAACAGCAGCGUCUUAG